AGUGUUUCUUUGUAGUUUCCAAGUUUCAUUUGCCAGCUGCUGAUGAAUUUCCGCUUAUUCUCAAGUGAAGUGUUCGUGUCUUAGUUGAAAUCUGUCUGAAUCUGACUCUGUCAGAGUCAGACAUUAGUUUUCAAACAGUUUCGAAUAGUUUCUUUGUCUAGUGCGGUUGUAUAUAUUAGUUGUUGUGAACAUGUCUUCUACGUCCAAAAACCUCGUUGAGGAAAGUCUCGGAGAGUCCUGGGUGGAGCUGAGCAACCCCAUUACUACUCUGCCAGACAGAGUGACCCCCCUGCCAUUUGCUUCGGGAGAUGAGUACAUUAGGCUCCUUCGGGAAGCACAGAAGGAAAGCAAUCAAUCCUCAGCACGUGUCUCUCUCGCCUCAUCGCGGAAAACCACGCCUAGAGGCAGUCCCAAAUCUCCACCCAACAGUCCAAACACAGAACUGUCAACAGACGAGGAUCUGAAAGGUGUCUUCAUCAACUAUAGCUACAAGGAUGGUGAAUUCACUGCUAAUGACACAGACUGGAUUUGGAACUGGAGCAGUCGCCCUGAUUCACUCCCUCCCAAGGAUUGGAAGUUCAAGCACCCAAAGAAGAAAAUCUACACAAUCCGGCACGCUAAAGUAGGAAAAAAUAGUCUGUUCUCGAAAGAAGUCCUUUACACGCUAUUCCUCACGAACUUCAUCUCUCUCCUAUUAGGCACUGGAAUUGGAAUGUGGCUGAACAGGAGAAGCCUGAUGCUCCCACAAAUCACCCUGGAUUGAUCAUCCAGUGUGGUUUUCACGGUGUAAAUUUGUGACGAUGGUCCACGCCCAGUCGAAUGUUCAGCAAACUCGAUCGGCCGUACCAACAGAGCUCUCAGAGCCUGCCAGAAGCUGCUCUAUUCCAGAUGAUAUUUUUUAAUUUUUUUUACUCCUAGAUUUUUUCUUAAAUUUCUGUCAAGUCGCAUCUAUUUUUCUAAUUUUUAACUGUCUCUUCGUACUGUAACAUGUCACAAACCGUUCUGCUGUAGAGCGGAGUUUUUACCCUUAAAACUCCUUUCUCUCGGCAGUCAGCGUGUACUAACCCUUAAAGUUUAGCUUUUUUGUACUGAAAGCACAUCCAGAGGGACCAAGAUCAAAAUUUUAUCUCCAAGUCACAAAAGUCACAGUACGCAGAGGAUGAAUUAAACGAUUUAAACAAAACGAUCGGUUUUCGUAUGGUCUGAAAGAUUUAGUUAGCCUAUCAGAAGUUUGAUUUUGAGUGAAAUAGUUACUCAGUAGGCAGGUGCAGCUGUUUUUGUGGAAUAGAGCUAAACACUAAGAAUCUAAAAGCAGCUCUGAAGAAAUAUGAAGCUAAGGUUUGCUCAGUUUUAGGAGCACCUUUUGAUCUCGGAUUGAUGUUUCUUUUCUUUUUUUGUCAUUAAUUAAUUGAGUCUCGUAUCUAGGAAACAGUGAAACACCAGAUAAGUUCAGAAAGCAAGCAUCUCAAUAGAUGUUAACUCAUCUAAAUUUCUUGUUGAACAAAUCGGAUUCUCAAAAUUUCUGAAAAGAAAGUGAGUGAGAAUAUAGCAAUUCCAAUAUUUAUCAAUUCAAACUUCCUGCUCGCCCAAAAACCAUAGUCAAUAUAAAGCAAAUAGUGUACAAAGAGUGUGUUUUGUGAAAGAACAAUGACCUCCAUGGACCAAAUUUUUUUUCAAAAGUCAACACUUACUCUAAAGAUAUUUGUUAUAAACUCAGCCAGCAUUAUCAGCUAAUAUAAAAAUUUAACUUCAGAAGCAAAUUUUCGUGUAUGCCGAUUUUGGUUUUACUAGCGAGCAAUGAGUUUGAAAUGACUCAACAAACAGUGAAUGCUAAUUUCCCUCAUAUGAAUUAAACCUCACCUCUCUAACUACGAUUUUUGAAAUUUUCUAUCUGUUCAAUGUGUCUUGCAUGAACUCCUGGUGAGGAAACGUGGCUUAUGAUGCUCCAGUCUUACUCUUUCUAGUAAUUCCUGCAGGGUUGUUCAAAAUACCAACAUUUUUCAGUGCGAUCUCCUCGUUUGCAAAUGUCUCUCACAUGAGUUUUUUCCAAAAAAACUUAGGACUUGAUUCUUCUGCUGCAAUUAGUACACCAAAAUUGAAUUCCAAGUGGAAACCCAUGUAAUUCUUCAAGGAAAAAUGGUAGCGGUGGCGCAAGUGUCUAGGCUUCACUUAAAAGGCCUAAAUUUUUAGGUACCCCUAAACACAGGGAAAUGCCUAGGAAGCAAAUCUUUGAAAACUUUUGGUGUCUUUGAACAACCCUAGAUUCCUUGUGUCUUUCAUUUAGCAAAAAUUUUCGACUGAGAUCCAAAUCCUUUGAACUGAGACAAAAAAUUGAAGGACCCUGGAUGUGCUGUUGGUCUUAAUUUUUUGCAUUUAUCGUAGGUAAGAGUACUGUCUAAAAAGUAAUUUUUAACUCUACGUAUAUUUUUCUAAGGUUAUUCAUUCAGUGGUCCAAUAUGGCAAUUUUCUUCUUCCUAAGUUAUGAAUAUCUGCUUUUCUCUUAGUUAGGCGCCAUUCCUUAUAAUCCUAUGCGGUCAAAGUUUUACUACUUUUAUGAAAUAUGUUUCUCUCUCUCCCUAAAUUUGUUAGUGGGCAUGGCAAUUGCACUUCAGCGCAAAACAUUUGAAGUCUGAUCGUUGCUCGAAUCCUUGUCUAAGAAUGCACUUGUGUUUUUAAACCCUCAAAAAAUUAACCCAUUAAAGGAAUGAAUACUAAUAGUCUUGUAAAUCUUAGUUUGCAGUUUAGUGUUACGUACAGAUUUGUCCUGUAGCAGCAUUAAUAUUCAAUUUUCUUACUUCAGUUCAGUGGAACAAUCUGUAAGGUGAGAAACAAUUCAAUUUCAUGGAGGAAGUUUUGUGAUGUGUAGCAGCAAAGGUGUGACAUUUAAAUGGACUAAAUUUUGUGACAAGGAGCCACUAUUUGUGGCUCAUCGUAAAACAAUGCUUGAGUCAUUAGUUUCCCUAUGCAGAUAGGUGCUUUCAUGGUUGAGCCAGAAAUAGUAGUUCCCAAUUGCAAAGUAUGACCCAAAUGAUCUUUUAACUGGAAAUCUUGGAAAUUCUCUCAUGUAAAUUUCAAUUUUUUUGACCUAGAAAAUAGAAUUGACUGGAAACUGAAAAGUUAGGAAAAAUGCGUGAAACGUCAAAACUCUAGAGAUAUGAGCUACAAGACUUCUUUGUAACUUAACCAUAGAAUCAUUAGCAUAUUUAUUUGACUUAUUGACUGAAAUUUUCAUCCCAAAGUUUUUCUUUGUAUAAUUAGGAAGAAUGGAUUAUCAGAUGAGGCUCGAAUUCAAGCAUUCUGACAUAUGAUUCCUCUUUGAAAUUUUACCUAGAACUUGAUUUGCACAACAAAAAUUACUGAAAUGAACUCAUAACCAAGAUAUUACCUUUCUUAUGUAUCACUAGUUAAGAAAAGUGUGAAUUUCGUGCUCCUUAAUGAAAACAGAGUACAUCAAUCAAAUCUCGCACCACAAUGGUUUUGGUAGGCUACUGAAUCGAGAAGUGUUCCUUUCCUGUUGUGCAUUGUUCAUAUUUUAACAACGUACAACAGCUAAGCUGAAGCGCCGAGUUGAGGUUGCCUUAAUUUCAUAUCAUGGAGACUGUUUCUUUAACGUUUAGUGUGCUAUUCAACGCAAGUAGAUAAAGGUUUUUCAGGAGCAGUAAGUUUGAAUUUAUACAUUGGAAAAUAUUGAUAUCUUUGUUAGAAGUUACUUUCAACAAUUUUCGUUGCACAAAUUGUGUUUUUUGUAAAAUUUUGAUGAGACUACAUGUAUCUUAUUGCUUAAAGAUGUACCUUGUUUAGUGGUCCAUUCUCAAGUUGUCGGAGAUAAGUUUAGAAAUUUUGGUGCGAACAAUUUUUUGAAAUGACUUUAGGUAAUGUGCUUUUAGAUACUGAUUAUUUUUUCAGAAUCGAACGAAGUCUUUAGUUCUUAUAAUUUCUGGCUCUGUUUCCUGUUGCUUAAAUAAGUAUGCAUCAAAGAGUAAUUUUUAAAUUUGCUCAAACGUAAAAAAAAAAAUCCACUAAUUGUUUUCUAACGUUUUGUAAGUAUUAUGCUUCAAGUGUCACCUCAGUCAAAAAAAAGAAAACCUUCUGGUCUUUUCUCUACCUCUUUUUAUUGUGUGAAGGGAAAAUGCCGUAUGAGCCUUCAGAUGGUGCCAAAUUUUUCCCUCAGUUUUUCAGAGAAUCUUUUUGCAAUUUAAUCAAAUGCAUCAGAAAAUUUCACGGAAAAAUAUUCCUAACUUUCCUGAAAAAUAAGCAUUUUAUUAGCAGAAAUCUGGCAACUUCCAAAUGUUCAUACUGCGUUUUUCCUAAACAAGGCAGCAUUGUCGAUUCUUCUCCUAAUGAUUAACUUCCUUGGAUUUUCCUUGGUAGAAAUUCAGUUCUAUUUCUAUUUUUUCUACAUAUCUAUAAACUAAAUAACUGAUGUAAUUAAAGUUUGGCUUCGUUUUGACUACCGUAAUUAUUCAUGUCUCGUGAGUAGUGUAAUUUUUCGUAAAAAUAGGGAAAUGUAUGUAUUAAACCUCAACUAAAGUUGUUCCAUUUAUAUUUAUUGGCUUUGUGCUCGUAAAUUUUGUACUCUGUGUAUUGUCUUAUUUUGAACGGAAGCUUUUGUUUCCAAAUUUCUUCCCAAUCCUAACAUUAUGCCUUACAUCAAAAAAUUUCAGGGACUCGUGAGUUUCAUUAUUUUCACUUAAUUUUUUAAAAGGAAAAAAAAAUAAUUUCAAAUCUGUAGUAUAAUUGAUAGUCAUUCUAUUUUUAUCCUAUCAAAAAAUGCAUGAUCGUCUCCAGACGAAGUUUUUCAAAGAAGUGUUUUCGGGCGUUAAUUGUAAAUUAUUAUCUUCAAAGACCUCUCAAGGUAUCUUCUAUCAGUUUGUUUAUUUAUUUAUUUUGUACCUAUCUGGAUUAUCCUCUGUAUCAUAAUUUAUUCUUGUAAUUCAUGUGUAUUCUCUUCUUGUGAUACAAAUUUCUGUAAGGAACGGGAGAUACAAUUUGUGAUCGAUGUCAAGAAAAUUGCUAUUGUAAAUUCAAUCAUAAGUAGGAGAAAUUUUAAGGCGACCCUUUCAUUCUUUGUUCCUCAGCAGUGUGGUGGACUUCAAGAAAAUCUUCCGCUCCUUUCUUAUUUGGCAUGAACUUAAUUAAGUUAAGAACUUUUUGACUUUUUUUCUAGUUCAAGCGGUGUCUAAUGGCCCAUUUGAAUGAAAAAUAGCAAUACCUAAGAGUAAUGAAAGCACAGGAAUGAAAGGAUUAAUUGAAGUCUGCUCACCCUCUCCAUCUGUGCGCACUAAUAUGCUCCGCAUAAUGAAAGAGACAGCGGCAAUGAUGCACUGUCUAACUUAGCCUUGUUUCAUUAUAUCCCCUGGAUUUCAACCCCAAACCUGGUUAGAUAAUUUCAUUGAUAUCAAUGUUUGUAUGGUAGUUUUAUUGCACGUUUUUCAUUUUUGUACAAAUAUAAAAGAACUUUAUAAAACUACGUAUUGUGUAAGUGAUAAAAUGUAAAUAAAAUUAUUCUAUUGCAAAA